AUGGCGACUUGCAUUGAAAACAUGCGUAAACAUUUUCAGCAAAACAAGAGAAUACGAGAGCACACGGCGCACGACUCCAAAGUUCACUCCGUGGCGUGGAGCUGUGACGGACGGCGCCUGGCCUCGGGGUCCUUUGACAAAACUGUCAGCGUUUUCCAGCUACACAGUGACAGAGACCGAAAGGUCAAAGAUUGCACAUUUCGUGGACAUAGCGACAGUGUUGACCAGCUGUGUUGGCAUCCAAAGAAUCCGGAUCAGUUGGUGACAGCUAGUGGAGACAAGACAAUACGAAUCUGGGACGCCCGGACCAAUCGUUCUGUGGCCACUGUCAAUACUAAAGGUGAAAACAUAAACAUCUGCUGGUCACCAGAUGGCAGCAUUAUAGCUGUAGGCAACAAGGACGACCUAAUUACAUUUAUUGAUGUCAGAAGUCACAGGUCAAAGGCCGACGAACAGUUUAAGUUUGAGGUCAAUGAGAUCUCGUGGAACCAUGACGGGGACCUAUUCUUCUUGACGAGUGGGCAAGGCAGCAUAAACAUACUGAGCUACCCAGAUUUAAAACUCCAGCACACACUGAAUGCUCACCCUGCUAACUGUAUCUGUAUCGAGUUUGACCCCAAGGGAAAGUACUUUGCCACCGGUAGUGCGGACGCCUUGGUCAGUAUUUGGGACGUAGCAGAGCUAGCCUGUAUUAGGACACUCUCCAGGUUAGAGUGGCCAGUCAGAACUCUGAGCUUCAGCCAUGACGGUAAAAUGCUGGCCUCAGCAUCAGAAGAUCUGAUUAUAGACAUAGCAGAGGUCGACUCAGUGUCACUGGUGGAGGCCGUUUACCUGGAAUACGCCCGUCUACUGGCCAACCUAGGACUGAGGGCACCUGCCGAGUUCUACUGUCAGAAAGCCAGUGAUAAGGGGAGGCAAUUCAAAGAGGAAGAGUUUGACAGUGGAUACCACAGCUUCAGUGACAAUGCCUCCAUGAUAAACGAGUGUUCUUACCGGUACUUCGAUGAUCUAUGUGUGUUCGAGUCGAUUGUGGAUUGUUGUUUAAAACUCUUUGACAUUUUAGAGGCCAAGACCAUGUCGUCUGCUGAAAUUGUGUCGUCUGCCAUCAACUUUAAACCCACCAAACAACAGUGUCCUGUGUGUGGGAAGACCUACGGAGGAAACACCAAGUUGAACUAUCACAUGGCUACCCACACCGGCAUCCGGCCUCACAAAUGUUCCAUCUGCGGCAAGGCCUUUACCCAGAAGUCCACUCUGCGCACACACUUCCGGAUUCACACAUGUGAGAAACCGUGCAAGUGCAGGACCUGCACUCGUGCAUUUGCGGACUACUUCACCUGCAUGAAGCAUGAACGAACCCACAGCGGGGAGAAGCCCUACGCAUGCCCAGAGUGUGGAAAGUGUUUCACCCAAUCCAGAAAUAUGCUCCAACAUCGGCAUACACUCCAGAAAAAAACUGAAAUUCCACAAAAAGUGCUUAUACAUUAUAGAAUACAUUCAAGAAAGUGCCAAGAUUUAUACAUGUUGAAACUCUUGUGUUGUUUUUCAUUCAGAGUUUGUUAUUACUGCAUGAAAUCAGUAUUGUUCAUUAUUUUAAUGUAUAUGUAUUGCAUUAUGUUUUAUGUAUUUUAACAUGUGGAACGUUCAUGUAAAUGUAUAUAGUACAUGUACUUGUAAUUGUGUUUGACUGUUAUGUAUUUUGUAAAAAACGUCAUUUCAAGAUUUUUGAUUAUUUGAAAAAUUAAUGUUGUAUUUAUACAAUAAUAGUUGUUGGUUUAUUUUGUAAACGAGGAACACACAAAAAUGCAUGCCUUUUUUCUGAUGUUAGAACCAUUUUAACAAGAGAUUGGACUUUGCAGGCACGUAGCAUCGGGGAGGGGUCUGCCCCACAUUUUUUGCGCAGCAAAGAAUUUUCUUAAAUUUAAAUACAAGAAAUUGAA